AUGGAAGGACCGGGGCGGGUGCCGUCGGCAAGGCGGUAUCCAACGCCUGGUUUUGCUGGAUACAAUGUGACUUGGUCGCCAUUCUAUCCUGACAGAUUCGCUGUAGCUAGCUCAGCUAACUAUGGGCUCGUGGGGAAUGGGCGUUUGCAUGUAUUCGGAUCCACGCCUCUCCCGCUGAAAAUAUUCGAUACUCAAGAUGGCAUAUUUGAUGUGGCCUGGUCUGAAUUACAUGAGAAUCAGGCUGUCACAGCGUGCGGAGAUGGAAGUAUCAAGUUAUGGGAUGUUACACUGGAUGAUCAUCCCAUCCGUAACUGGCAUGAACAUUCGCGUGAAGUAUUUUCUGUUGACUGGAACAAUAUCCAGAAAGAGCUCUUUGCCAGCGCAAGCUGGGAUGGCAGCGUAAAGAUCUGGACGCCUGAGCGUCCUGCUUCUAUCCAAACCAUCAUGGCUCACAGGGCAUGUGUAUACCGAUGCGCUUGGUCUCCUCACGCACCCAGUGUACUUGCUACAGCGUCUGCUGAUGGGACGGCGAGUAUUUUUGAUCUCCGUACAGGGCCCCGACCCAUCUCGACCAUGUCGGCUGGAGGCGAAGUUCUGGCCGUAGACUGGAACAAAUACCGGCCCAUGACUCUUGCUACGGGUGGUACCGACCGGGCUGUCAAGAUAUGGGAAGCACAGGCUUCGGGUCCUGGAGGACUAGUACCAGAAAAAUGCGUUUGCUUUGGACACCAAUAUGCCAUACGCGGUGUGGCGUGGUCACCCCACCAGUCCAACGUGGUCGCUAGUGCCAGCUAUGACAUGACGGCGCGCAUUUGGAAUAUCGACGAUGCUGCGGUUUCAGCGCAAGUACCUAUGGUGAAUGUUCCGCGCCAAGUCUAUACGGGGCACCGAGAGUUUGUGGUAAGUGUGGCCUGGUCGCUCUUUGAGCCGGGCAUGGUUGCUACCUCUUCAUGGGAUAUGGAAACCCAUUUGUGGCCCGGCAUCAUCCCGAACACAGCAUAG